UUUGACUAUCGCCGGCUGAUUAGACCCUUCAACUGAGACGGGUGCAAAUUUGUUGGUUUCUGAAUGCAGGUGCGAGACUGGUGUUCAUCAACCCUGGAAACCCAACGGUCAAUGUCUAACUCAGCAAAACCUGAGAGAGCUAAUUGAGCUCGGCUACAGAGAGAGACUGGUAUUGUUCGCCGAUGAGGUCUACCAGACCAACGUGUAUCAAGACGAGCUUCCCUUCGUCAGUGCAAAGAAGGUUCUAAUGGGCAUGGGCGGAAUCAUCAGCAGAGAGUUGGAGCUCGUCUCCUUCCAUACAGUCUCGAAGGGUUUCCUUGGGGAGUGUGGACGACGAGGUGCUUAUUUGGAAAUGACCAACAUUCACCCGCUGAUUGUGGAGGAAUUGUGUAAGGUGGCAUCUAUUUCACUUAGUCCCAAUAUUACCGGUCAAAUCAUGCAAGGAAAUAUUGGAAUCUCUGAGAAAGCGGGCUUAUAUUAUGACGGAUGGAUUCAACAGCUGCAAGAACAUAGUGCGAUGUAUUCCUUUCCUCGAGUGAUGUUGCCACCUGGAGCUUUUGCCGCUGCUAAGAAAGAAGGCAAGGCCCCAGAUGCGUAUUACUGCUUGAAGCUUCUGGAGGCUACCGGAAUUUCAACUGUACCUGGAUCAGGCUUCGGUCAAAAAGACGGGUGA